AUGGAUGAAGCAAUAUUUGUUGCUGCAUUGAAGAGCAACCUCAAAUUAGAUCCUACUGCAUCGAAAAAGCUGGUUCAAUGGAAUCAAAGUUCCGAUUGCUGUUGCUGGGGAGGUGUAAGCUGCCAAGAGAAGGCACAUAAUGACUUCAAGUCUGCACCUAGGAUUGGUAACCUCACAAACUCUAGUGUUUUGAAUUUCUCUAAUGCUGGUUUUGAGGGACAAAUUCCAAAAGGGCUAUCACGUCUGACCAGGAAUGACUGGUGUCAGGCUUUAUCAUCUUCAUUGCCUAAUCUGCUAGUGCUGAGCCUGUCCAACUACCAUGUAUCUGUCCCUAUUCAUUACUCACUUCUGAAGCUUCAUUCUUUGUCAGUGAUUCGACUCGAUGGCAACCGUUUGUCUGCUCCUGUUCCUGGAUUUUUUGCAAAUUUCACAAAUUUAACUUCCUUGGGUCUUACUGAGUGCAAGUUGAAUGGAACAUUUCCCAAAAAGAUCUUUCAGGUACCAACACUAAGGACUCUUGACAUAUCAUUAAAUAAAUUACUCGAUGGUUCUUUUCCAGAAUUUCCUCUGGAGGGUGCUUCAAAGUCUAGUAAUUGGCUCCACCAGUUUGUCACACAAUUUACCAGCAUUUACCAUCUUAAGCAGUUGUUUAGAUUAGACCUUAGCUAUUGCGGUUUCAAUGGAACACUUCCAACUUCUAUUACUAGGCUUACCCAGCUGGUUUAUCUGGAUUUAUCAUUAACUUCACAGGGAAUGAUUAAUGGUGAAGAUGAAGAUCAAUCAAAGCUUAAGCACCUCCAGUUUCAGUUUCUUCAAGUAAUCCCAUCGCUACAUUAUCAGAACACAACGACAGUUACUUUGAAAGGUUCAGAGAUAGAGCUGGUGAAGAUCCUAACUCUGUUCACCUCCAUUGACCUUUUCAUGCAACAAGUUCAAGGGACUAAUACCAGAAGAAUUGGGACAGCUCCAACCUCUCCAGAAACAGUCUUGAGUGGCAAAAUUCCAAAUGAGCCUGCAAAACUUACUUUCCUUUCAUUCCUGAACCUCUCAUAUAAUCAACUGGUAGGGAAGAUCCCAUCGGGUAAUCAGAUACAAACAUUUAUAGCAGAUUCCUUUGCAGGAAAUAAAGGACUGUGUGGUCCUCCUUUGAUGCAAAUGUGCAACAUUCCCAACAAGCUACCAGAUGCAAAAACAAAUGUUGUAUCAGAAGAAGAUGAGUUUGAUUGGCUGUCCACUGGGUUUAUAGUCGGAUUUGGAGAUGUUGUAGCUUUCCUACUGUUUUGGGUGAAAGGGAGAAGUUGGUUGGACAAUAUGACUAACAAAAUUCGUUUGGUUGCUCUUCCAAUGCUGGGUUUUGUUUGA